AGCUAGUAGUAGUUCUAAGGCCGGUCAAGACAUCUUGGACGCGUUGUAAUAUGCCGUCUGCACUUGCGAGUCAGUUGGCCGCAUCCGCAUCUCUAAAUGCAUCUCUUCUCGACGCUCACACCAAUAAACGGAGGCGGACAGAAUCAUACCUUUUCACUGGUCGAGAUGCUGAGGUUCAUGACCUUGACUCAAUCCAUGCACUCGCUAGCAAUGCCCUCGCGCACUUAUCCUCAUUGUCUCCUGCGUUUACUGCGCGAACCGUAAAAUUGCCUUCAGAUGGGUCCUCCUUAUCUGUGGACUUUGAGCAAACUUUAUUUUCCGAGGCUGCAAGGAAUGUCGACCGCACUAUGCAAUCUCGGGAAGUGAACGCAAACCUUGAUCGCACGCUGAACGCGUUCUUGUACCUGCUGGGACCGUGGCUCAUGGAGGCGCCUACAAGCAAAGUAUUAGAGUGGCUGGUCAGGAGAUUUCGCAUCAAUGAAUUCAAUGUCGAUGCAGUUCUCUCUCUCUUUUUUCCUUAUCACGAAUCCCCGCACUUUGUCAAGAUGCUCUCAAUCCUACACAUAUCCUCUUCUUCCAUUUUUUCAUUUCUGCUACCAUUUAAAUCAGCAGCAACACCUGUUGCAAGGAGCUCGAUGGUCAAAGCCAUGACUGCCAACCAAGCGGUCGCAAGAUUUGUUGCAUCAUUACUGCCAAGUGCGAUCAGAGGUUCAUGUUCUCAUCGUACAUUGGUGGCUUUCAAUGCAGCCACAAUGCACGACUAUAUCGCAUCUUCGACGGCUCUAGAUGAGGGCAUUCUUGCGUUUAUGCUGUCGGCUCUCCUUGCGCCAUUUCAGACUAGUCACAGUGAUACCAACGCAAUUCUCGGUAGUUACGUACUGCUUUCCACACUCUCGCAUAAAGUUUCACUGUCAUCUGCUGCCGUGGUAGCAAUCAUCGGAGCAAUGGUCACUUCAGCUGCACCAAAGGGCAAACAGAAUACGAAGGAUAACGGAUGUAGCGAACAAUUUAUCAAAGUCGCAAUUGCAGUAUGUUCACCUCAAGAAGAGCUUGAGACGUUUCACGCCAGCACGGGGAAUUUAUGUCUAAAGAUUCCCAAAUUUACAGAAGAACUUCAAAGUUCAGUCCAGUUCAUUGGAGCGGAAAAGUUUAUCUUGCCGCUCCUUGAAUGUCUUCAGCCCCGACUCGAGGAACCUGCUGUGUCCUCUCUUUACGCUGCAAUUCUCAGUGCCACGGGUACUCCUCUGAGAUUGCUUGAGCGUUUGGUGUCCUCGCUCAUACGAUUAAUUCUCACUAGUGGCGACGAAGAGGCUGUCGCAACUUCAACGACUAAUGCUGCACGUGCUCUCUUGUCUCUUGUUCAUCAACGUCAUGUUGAUAUUCUUCGCGAUGCUCUGGUUAAAAUUAUCGACGACGAAGAAAGCGAGAACGAAGGCGACGAUCAGCAAAUGAAAAAGAAAGAGCGGAAGACGAAAGCAGACGAAUUGAUGAUCUCGUUUUCGGUGAGUCAUACAUGGGCUCAAAGUACUGACGUCAACGAGAUUGUCGUUGCUUCAACAAGCUCCGCGAAGGAGGCACGCGUUGGAGCUGUCGAGCGAUUGUACAAAAUUUUGCAAGGGGGGUUGACGCUCGAGGCAUCUGAUAAGGCCUCAAUACAGUCAGCUCUGCUUGCUCGCGUCUACGAUACGCACGCUGGAGUUCUCCACGCGCUGUACUCUUCACCUGAAGUAUUCCUCUCGACAGUAACUUCAAGUAUCACCCCUCAAAAACUCCUGGAUGCCAUCAUUUCGCAGAUUGUUCCGGACCCGCCAGCUCGCGCUAUUCUUAUUGCACACGUUGGUUUCCUCGUCGGUUAUUUCAGCGAGACCUACCCGGAUUUAUCACAAAACAUACAAGAACGCGUACUGUUUCCGUACCUGCUUGCCAGCAAACCAAAGUUCAGGACUGCGCGGGGAGUAUGGAAGGCGCUGAAGGAGGCUAGGGGCAGUGGGACUGGAUGGUUGAGAGGUUGUGUAGACAUUUGGGAAAAGGCUGACCUUCUACGUCGCAAGAAGGAUGAGGAGAAGGAUGAGGCAGACGUGGACAUGGAAAAAAUCUGCCAGGCAAAUCUCGAUGUGGCAGCCAAGAUUGCAGAGAAUAUCCUUGCUUCCAAUGACAGUUCAAGCGAUAUUUCCUUCAUCCUUUCCAAGCUACAUGACCCCCUCCCGCACGGUCGCGCCCUUGCUUACCUAGUCAUCCGCGUUUUGUUACUCAGCACCUCAUGUGAACAACAGGUUGACAUAGCCUUACGGACUCUGGCCGCUAUGAAGUUGUACUCUGUCGAUGGUUUCGGGGAUCUUGCAGAUAGCUCCGCGAACUUGCAAGAGGUGCUCAAUGAUGCUGCGCUGGGCAUGAAAGUCACGACAAAGCCUGGAGGAAGAAUCACUGUGAUGUUUCUCCAGGCGUCCAUAUUGACGUUGAUCCCGGCUAUUCGACUAGUUGAGGCGCGUACACCUACUUGGAUUACAACUUCACCAUUGAGUGAUUCGUUUUCCGAAAAGAAGAGCCUCGAGGACCGCUACGUCGCUCUCAUGCAAAACCUAUACGCUGUUGCUGUCGCUUCUGGAAGUACCACUCCAUCACAGUUGUCUACUCAUCUCAUCCAGGCGCUCUUCCUAAAUCUAAGAGAUACUUCUCUCAUGUUCUUACUUGGCGUUCUUCUUGCACAAUCUCCAACUCUGGAGCGCGUGCGAACCCGUGCUCUCUUACAUGCAUUAGCGUUCUUACGUGGGCACAAUGCUGACAAUGCCGUCGACUUUCAGACGGUAUUGCCUUCAUUCAUAGCGGUACUCAUGGAUGCGCGGACGGACAAGCAGGGACGUGCAUUGAUAUUCGAGUGUAUCUCGGUGUUGGCGUCUACCUCAGAGAGGAAACAUGUCUAUGGGCUAGACACUAUAUACGGAGCAGAGUCUACGCAUCUUCAAUACCUUGACGCAAAGGAACUCGAAGCCUAUUUAAAGGCUCUCCUCGAAUGCCACACUCUCCUUGCGCAAGACGGCAAUUAUAUUAAAGUAUUCCAUCAACAACACUUUGCCGCUGCUAGUGCAAAAUACAGGCGCCGAGUGAUCUGUUACUUGCUGUCGCACGCGGUCACUCAUCCAGUGCCCGAAGCUCGUAUAUCCAUCAUGAUAUCUGUCGAGGACGUAUCAGACACUGCAAGAUCGCAUAUGGUGAUGCCUGCCAUGGAGACACUGAUCAAAGACCCAGGUCCCAUCUCAGAAUUAUUCGGCGUCAACUUCCACCGGUACACCGCUCUCGUAGCAUCUACGUUCCUCAGUGUCCCUGUUGGCGAUUUGAAUACAGGCACGGAAAAUUCGAUCUGGCAUAUUUUCUCUUUGGCGUUGCAAACGUACUUCAAGCCAAAUGCAAUCGCUGCAGUUAGAAAACUAUUUUCAGACGCGUUAGAAGAGAGGCUUUUUGCGCAUCUCGACGUGACACGGCAGGCUCAAAUAUGCGACAUCCUUUUGUCGGCAGGAUCGCUGGGCAAUGAAGUGUAUGUGCGCGCGAAGGAACUUCUGAGCAACCUUCUGCAGGACGUCCAUCUGAUCAAUCAUCUGCUCGUGGUUUAUCAACCUGCUGGAGCUCAGUCGGAUACUCCUGCCAGUAAACGUGCUAAACUCGAUAAUCCGUCUCACGGAGAUGUCGAGGAAAAAAUGUUGAUAUUCACUUUCCUUGCUGAAGUUCUCGGAACGAAAGAACUUUCUGGGUCGCUUGACCUUCUAACACAGCUCCUUGAUACUCUUGGCAAGAUUAUACAUCACGACUCGCCGAUUCCGUCAGAUACGAGCUAUGCUUGCCAAAUGCUGAUGGCUGCUGUGGAACAAGCAGCGAGUAGAAUCACGAAGGAGCCUCCUGCCAGACCCAUCCGAUUAGACAUACUUGUUGAAAUCAUCAGAGUAUCGGAAAACCCGCAGACGUUCCAUCAAGCACUCCUCCUCAUGGCAAGCCUAGCUCGACUCACGCCCGAUUCGGUGCUUCAUAACAUCAUGCCUAUUUUCACAUUCAUGGGCACCAAUGUGUUCCAUCGCGAUGACUCGUAUAGCUUCAAAGUAGUGCAAAACACCAUUGAAAACAUUGUUCCUGUCAUGGUAUCAUCGCUCAAAUCCCGACACUCUCCUGGACUUGAACUUUACAUUGGAGCUAGGGAGUUCUUGCGGAUCUUCACGGACGCAUCCAACCACAUUCCACGCCAUCGUCGACAAAACUUUUUCAUACACCUCGCCGAUGUGCUUGGGCCUCAAGAAUUCUUGGCUCCGGUUUGCAUGUCGUUGGUGGACAGGGUGGCUAAUCGGGUGAGCCGGCAACACGAGGACGAGGCUUCAACUUCGUUAGGACUUCCGAUAUCCCUGUUACGCCAUUUCCCCCGAGAAUUGCAUCUUCAUGUUCUUCAAGAAGUUUUGCGAGAGGCAAAGAGGCUUACUCGCAAUAUCGCACCUUCGGACGAGGCGGGUGCCACCUUUUUGGAUUAUGUUCACGAUGAUGAGCACUCUGCAAGAUCGUCCUCUAUCAUCAAACGACGUGCUCAGGCACUGAUUAUGUUCGUCGGAUAUGCCAUUACACCCGCGCCCUCCAUCGAUAUGUUCAAGGCCGACAACGCAACGACGGAACUUGUGUCUCUUUUGGUCGAUCUUGCUACAACGGAAGACGACAGCAACAUUUCAGACAUUCUGUCAGUCACACAGCAGACUACGUCAAAAGUGAUGAAUGCCAUCGGAGCAGCAGACUUCCUGAACGGAGCUCUAGUCAUGCUGCAAUCAGACGAGACUAGGAUCAAGGCUGGUGCUCUUGAAAUUCUUGCAGAAAGGAUACCCAAAGUUACAGAAGCAGUCCGUCACGAACAGCAGAAGACUGCUAUAUCAAUCAUCGACUUCAUUCGGGACAUCAUUUCUCGCCAGUCAGCCGGUGCACUAGUUAAUUCAGCACUCAAUGCUUUGAGAGCAAUCGGCUCCUCCAUUUGUUCUGGCGAGGAGUCAGCAUUGGUAUCUACUGUCCCUUCUGUCGUCAAAAUCAUCAAAGCACGUGCAUCGUUGCAAUCUGCUAUAGCUGUGUUACCGUGUUAUGUAUCAUCUCUUGGACCUCGGCUAAUACCUCACUUCCGAGAGAUUGCACAACAAUGUAUAUCAGUCCUCCAAGAAGGAUUGAGUGGCAAAAUGGCACAAUCACAGGUGGAUGGUGCAAUUGCUACCCUACAGGGCUUAGUAUCAACGCUUCCCGCUUUCUACGGUGCUGCAGAACUUAGGGACAUCGUCAAACUCCAUCUGGAUUACUCCGUCACCUCGAGUGGUCUCAUGACAGGUUUAAUGAAAGCUAUUGCAAAGAGAAUCCCAAGCAACAUGCUGCUACCGGUACUCUGUGAUCUGUGGCCCAGUCUAGAAAAAUCUCAGCAAAAGGAACACGUUGAUGGACUCAUCGCGUUUUUCGUCUUUUUCAAACGGAGUCUUCGGGUAGCUCGGCGUCCUGACAUCCAGGAGCAUAAUCGUUCAAUUUUCUCAGUUUUCCUCGACGGCUUUGGCGUGAACAUGAAAUCUACGACUGGUUCCAGAGAUGGAGGACCUCAUAUCAUUUCGGCAUUCUUGGAACUUGUUGUGAAGCUUAACGAGAUAGCCUUCAGACCGUUGUUCCGUCGUUUGUAUGACUGGGCAUUUGCAGCUGAGAACGCAACCAUUGAGCGUAAGGUCACGUUUUGUCACAUGUACUCUGCCUUGUUGGAUUAUUUCAAGGGCUUGAUGAACCCUUACAUGGCUAUGCUUCUGCAAGCUUUGUGCGAUAUAUUGCAGUCUUUGGCCGCAGGGUCAAUUCAAAAUCCGUCUUUAUGGUUGUCAGUAAUCGAGACUCUCACAAAGAGUUUCGAAAAUGACGACGGUGUGUUCUGGCGUGACGACAAGCUGGCCUUGGUAGCAAAGCCGAUGGUAGCGCAAGUUUCGAGUUGCAUCAGAUUGAAUAUCACGGACGGGAAACAAGCGCUGACAAACUGCUUGAUUGCUAUGACGAGCGUGGCCAUGGAUGAUUCUUUACUCAAGUCUAUCAACCUUGACCUACUCAUGCACACUCGCGCAGAGGAUGCUCGUGAGCGCAUAUUCGCUCUGUCCUGUUCAGAAGCCCUCUGGCGUGAACAGGGUGGGAAGCUCAUUGGUUUCGUAGCAGAAACCGCUACAUUCAUUAGUGAGUGCGCCGAAGACGAGAAUGACAAGUGUCGUCCGUGAGACACACAAACUUAAGAAUACAGUUGAAGGUGUGGCCGGAAGCAUUAGUGGAUUAUGAUCAUGCAUACCUGUCAUUAUG